GCGCCUCCGCAGCUGCGGCCACAGGCGGAGCCGGGCGUCGCGCGGCGCUCGGCCCCACCGCGGCGGAGCGUCCCCGGCAGCCCGCGGCCCAUAAGGCUAAGGCUUUCCGACUUCAGCUACAGUGCUAGCUAAGUCGGGGAAGGCAACACGGAGCGAAGCCGCGGGUCCUCUCGCCUCUUCUCGGCAUCGGGCUGAGCGGGCCGGCAUGGCGGGGCGAGCGGAGCCGGCGGGCGAGCGGCGGCGCUGCGGAUCUGUGGCUGCCUAUUUUACAUCUGCAAAGUUCCUACUUUAUCUUGGGCAUGCACUGUCCACUUGGGGAGAUCGUAUGUGGCAUUUUGCUGUGUCUGUAUUCCUGGUUGAACUUUAUGGAAACAGCUUACUCCUGACUGCAGUGUAUGGACUGGUCGUGGCGGGAUCAGUUCUUCUCCUGGGAGCCAUUAUUGGAGACUGGGUGGACAAGAACUCCAGGCUCAAAGUGGCCCAGACAUCCUUGGUAGUACAGAAUGCAUCCGUCAUCCUGUGUGGUAUUAUCCUGAUGAUUAUCUUCUUGUUUAAAACACAGCUUUUGACCUUAUACCAUGGAUGGCUUCUUACGAUGUGCUAUAUUCUGGUUAUCACAAUAGCAAAUAUUGCCAAUUUGGCCAGCACUGCCACAGCGAUCACAAUUCAGAGGGACUGGAUUGUUGUGGUUGCAGGGGAAGACAGAAGCAAACUGGCAGAUAUGAAUGCUACAAUAAGAAGAAUUGAUCAGUUGACCAAUAUCUUGGCCCCAAUGGCAGUUGGUCAAAUAAUGACAUUUGGGUCCCCGAUGAUUGGCUGUGGAUUCAUUUCUGGCUGGAACUUGAUGUCGAUGUGUGUGGAAUAUCUGCUACUCUGGAAGGUUUAUCAGAAGACUCCUACUCUGGCUCUUAAAUCUGCAAAAGUUGAAGAAUCAGAACUGAAACAGCUGAAUGUAAAGAAAGAGAGUGAUGGGAAACCCCCUGAAGGAGUGCAGUUAAUUGUUGAGAAAGAUGUAACUGGCUUUGAGCCCCAGCAGGAGAAGGAAGUCGGCUGUGCUGCCCGGAUUGCUGAACCUUUCAUCACGUUCCGUGAUGGAUGGGUUGCAUACUACAACCAGCCAGUGUUUCUUGCAGGCAUGGGUCUUGCAUUUCUGUAUAUGACUGUUCUGGGCUUUGAUUGUAUUACUACAGGCUAUGCAUACACUCAGGGUCUGAGUGGCUCUGUGCUAAGCCUCCUGAUGGGUGCCUCGGCAGUCACGGGCAUCAUGGGAACAGUAGCUUUCACUUGGCUUCGUCGCAAAUGUGGCCUUGUUCGUACAGGCCUGAUUUCUGGAGUUGCUCAAUUUGCUUGUCUGGUCUUAUGUGUCAUCUCUGUAUUCAUGCCUGGAAGUCCUAUGGAUUUGACUGUUUCUCCGUUUGCUGACAUCAGUGCCAGGCUGUUUGAAACUGAACCAUUACCUACUAUAGCAUCUCCAGUAGAUAACCCUGAAAUGAUUUUUGCAACUGGAAUGCCCAACUUGAUAAACGGGUCUACUACUCCUGCUAACAGUGACCCAGAGAUGAGUCCUGAGCCUGUGCCUUUACUCUCUGUUAGUCUCCUGUUUGCAGGAGUCAUUGCUGCUAGAGUUGGCCUUUGGUCCUUUGAUCUGACUGUCACACAGUUGCUCCAAGAAAAUGUAGUAGAAUCUGAAAGAGGCAUCAUUAAUGGUGUCCAGAACUCCAUGAAUUAUCUUCUUGAUUUGCUGCACUUCAUCAUGGUCAUCUUGGCCCCAAACCCUGAAGCUUUUGGCUUAUUGGUGCUGAUUUCUGUGUCUUUUGUUGGAAUGGGCCACAUAAUGUACUUCAGAUUUGCUCAGAAAAGCUUGGGUAAACAACUUUUUGUUUGUUGCACUCCAGAUCCCAAAGCAGUCUCUGACACUUCACCACCUGGUAAUACAUCUACUGUUUGAAAGGAUCAACUUCCCUUACUAACUUGCUACGCAAAUAUAAUGGUUAAACACAUAUACUGCCUUUUGUGAUCUUACCUAAGGUGUUUCUCUAGAGUUGAAUGCAAAACUUGAAUGUUUGAGGCAGCUGUCCCAAGAGAGCUAAAAUUAAUCUUACAGUGACCCUGUACAAAUGUUACAUGUUUGGCAGAGGGCAUCCUGGCUGUCCAAUUGGAUCUUGGCAGUUGGUUUUUUGAAGAAUCCACCCGAGUCAUAGAUCUAGUAUCUGAUAGCAAAAAUGUUGAAUUUCUGUUGCUCACCCCCUCAGGGAUACUGUGUAGUGGUUCUACAUGCUCAGAUUUGUUAAGGAAUUCUGAACAAUUCCUGUGCUUGAGCAAAACAAGGGGGUUUAGUUACUUCAGGAUAACUUGAUAAACAGUAUUUGGUGUUGUGGUUUUUUCUCUAUUUUCCUUGCCAUCAACAGUUCUGCUCCCCUGUCUUCUCAAAUUGGUAUAAACAGCCUUCUUGGAUUCCUGAAGUGGAGUCUUGGGUUCUGAUGUUUUCCCAAAAUACCUUUUUAAUAUUUUACCUGUUUUAGUUUAACUUUACAGAAACACCUUUUUAUUUUUUUGCAUGUUUCCUUACAAAUUAGAGAACGCUAGGUACAAGAUAUUAUUGUAUUACACUUUCGUUGCACUUCAUAAAGUAAAUAUAGCCUCAUUUUAACAGAAGCUAUUGAUGUAACAUUCUAAAGCAUGGCUUUUUGAAUUGCAAAUGAUAGGUCUGCUCAGGUUUGAUGUAGCAGAAAGUGCUAAGGUCAGGAGUUCUGGUACAGCUAGGUGAAGUCUAGGGCUAAUGCAGUUUUUUACCUUGGAGUACAAGCAGCUUUAGUUUAUUUUUGAAUGCCACUUUUUUUAAAAACCCUAUUAAAGCCUGAUGUAUUGGAAAAUUACCAGUAUUCCAGGCAGAAGCAGUCAAAAAGUGGAUUACUUGCAUUGAUGUUUUAUAUGUAUGUUUGUUUUGACUUAGUUUGUUCUAAAAUGCCGCCAAAAAGGAGAUGUUGUACUAAGUGGCCCUCUAAAGAAACUUCAGAGCAAUUAAGAGUUGUUUACCCCUCUGAUUUUCAAGAAGCUAUUGCAUUUUUUUUUUACCCUGCAUGUGUACUAACACAGUACCUCAUAGUCAUUAACUAUAUGUGCACUUUUGCAGAAACUACGCACUUUCCUUUCUCAGAGUUGAACCUGGUAGUGUUCUGAGUUUUCCUGUGGCACGAAAAGUAGAAGUUCUAAACAUAAAUCUUCUUAAAAUGUUUCUUUACCAAAUGAGUGGUAUGCAAAAGCACACAUCAGCAACUUGUGAAAAGUAUCUUUACAUUUUAAAAUGAGGUGACUGACCUUAACAGUCAUCUGUGUUGCUAGACUUCAACCCUGGAAUGUCAGUGUGUGAACUCCAUUGACAUCAAAGGCGUUACACCAGGGCUGAAUCUAGGCUGUUCAUCUUAAAAUUUGUGAAUGAUUACAGUAUAAAUAAAGCUAAAUAGAAUGUAAAAAAAAUUCUAGUGGCUUUUGCCUCAGAUACAAAGUAUUGUAAGAGGAGUGGAAGUGAAUGAAUGGGAAGCCAGUGUACAACCAAUGUACUUGUAGCCCUUAGUGUUCAAUAACUGGUUGUAACAAUUUUCCUCCUCUAAUGGACCAAAACUGCUAUGUUAUACUGAAAGUUUCUCAGGGACAUUUUCACUAGGUUUAUAGGUGUUUAUACUUUGACUAAGCUUUUGGGUUUUGUUUUGAUAUGAUAAAAUAUAUGUGAAUUAGAGUAGUUUAAAAUUUGUGACUCGAUCCUGAGUGUAAUUUCUUAAGGAAAAGGGAAUUUUGCCAUCAGCAGAAUUUAAAAGUCAGAAGACAAACCAAGUUUAUCUAGUUUUGUAGAAUAAUUAUGCCCAGCCUAUACAGUGUGUGGUAAGUAAAUAAAAUACUUGAUUUGCCAAAUGUUUUCUCAUGUGUGUCUAAUCUAAACUGGGACCAGAUUUUAGUAUUGCUGAAUAUAAAUAAAGGUACCCCAAAUUUCAGCAAAUGUGUCUAUACUUGGAUGAACAUCUGAUUUCCACUGUAUGUAUUGGACUCACUGGCCAUGACGGAAAGAGAGCUUAAAAUGCAGCUUCUUGUGGGCUGUCUAUUGUCUAUAGAACCCAGUGUGCCUAAAGCUUGGUGCUGUAGCACUAAGCACCAGACAUCUCAUGAAGGAUGUAUUCCUGAAGUCUAGAGAGCUCAAAAAGCCAAACAAAUAGAGCAGGGAGCAUACUAUGUUCCCAUCUGUUCCCUAAAUAUGUAUAUUUUUUUUCCCCCAAGAGCAAUGUAGUCUUACUCGAGUAGCAGUUUCAUAAAUUGUUCCACUAGAUAGCGCAGUCUGGAUCUCAAGCUAAAAAAGUAGUGCUGUUAGGGGACUGGACCUUUGUAUUUCGUACACAUGUUGCUACAAUUCAUAUGUGCAGAUAAACAGCUAGAAGGCAAGACAAUCCUAAAAGAGAAGAAAGGUGGAUAGUAGCUUUAAGAGGAGUAAAGAGUUCUGAAUUGGAAAUCUUGUAUUUAUUGACCUGAGUCAAUGUCAAAAAAUGUAUGCUGCUUGAGCACAGCCCAUUACUGUUUAAGUCUAAGAUGUACACAGACACCUGUACUGAUUAGUGCUUUGAAGCAAUGUGGAGCCUGAAGUCUUACUUAGCAGGACUUUCUUUAAGUAAGCAUUUUUGGCCUUGUAUUUAUUUAUUUUUUUUAAAUGUGUCCAAUUUGGAUAAAAACUGCCCUUAAAAUGUACGCACUAGAAAAUCAAUCUUAUCAGAAUAGCGUAUUUUAUUAUAUAACCUUAUGCUGGACAUAGUAUUGAUUUAUGUAUUACUAUUGUUAAAGCUGAUGAAUAAAUUUGCAUAAAAACUUG